GCCCAUAACACUCGUCAAUGCAGCAACCCUCUGAGCCUCGUGAGUACCAUUAGCUCAGCUGCAUCGCAAGUUGUUAUCCUCUUGUUUCGAUCGAAGCUUAUGAAAAUCGAGAUAUCCAAACGGUGCCUCGUGGGUGACGUUUUCGACAUGAUUUUCCUCUCUGGCGACUACGAUAUCCCAGAGAAGGUUCAAGACAUUGUCCGACCAUACAAAAGUUUCCUUGAUCUUCGCUAUUUCACUCCUCGAAAUCCCGUUCCGAUCCACGACAUGGAUGAACUCCCGAAGGAGCAGGAUUUGGACGACCUAAUCUCAAUCUGCCCAACAGCGCUAACGGCGCUCGAGUCAGCGAGGAUAGCAUCUUCUUCGGGCGGAUUUUUUCUCAACCUAGUCGUUGAAGAGCCCCUUCCCAUUGAACGUCUUUCACCAGAUGGAUACGCGCGAUUCAUGUCUCGAGAAAUAGUGGUUUAUCUAAAGGAACUUGACAUAACUAUCGCACCAUCCGGAAAUCCACACGCGCGUGUUGCUUAUGGGCGUCGUGGUAGGAAGAACCCAUUGUGGUGUAAACUUGUUUACAAACGUGAAUUACGGAUAUUUGCAUCACUCAAGCCACUCAAUCCGUCUGCUCAUCAUAUUGCCACUCUACUUCUUCGACCUUAUCUACUUCCUACCAACCAAUAUCUCAUUACAAUGCCGGACUACGGCCGGGACUUGGGAACCGUUGCUACUGAACGGCUCUGUGGAAGCACUAUUAAGAGACUCGCUUGGCAGCUUUGUCAAGCCAUCGAAUUUCUCCACUCUCAUGAUUUUUGUCAUCUCGAUAUCAAACCCCAUAACCUCGCAAUGAACGACGAAAGCCCAGAGAUGAAGGAGGCCUUGGAGGAAUUCGAAACUUUUCUUGUUCCUACGAUUCUGCAACGCAACCCUAACUUUGAAAACGGGAGAAGCGAAUCAUCCGGGCGAUACUUGGAGGAGAUUCAUCGAGGCGUGUUGACCAUCUGCUGGUGUCCGCUGGUCUUGCUGUUACUUCACGUAUCGUAUUUCACAACCCUCAUAGGAUCAAGUUGGAUCUUUGAACAUUUGGGUAUAAAUUAGUGGCUUGAAAUCGAAACAGGGACAGACUUGUGCGUGUGGCGAUCGUCCGAGAACUCCGAUCGAACCGACGAUGUAGCCGACUUGGUGGUUGAAAGAGCCCCAUUGAAGUUUGAACGCCCUAGUGGAGGGUACCAAGUAUCUUGUCGAGUCUCCACGAAUGCAUCGUGAGCGGCCAGGACAGGUCGGAGCCUACAUUACCCUCAUGUUCCG